AUGGAAUCUGGGAUGUUCCGUGCAGGCGAUCUCUCCUACGAGACGCCGUUCCCGUUCGGGAAAGCUCUGCCGAGGCGACCGCGGAGGCCCGACCCUGAAGACGAGGAGUGGAAGCCUCCGUCGCUGCUUGCAGACGCUCCGUCUCAUGCCGCGUUCUCUCCAGGACUGCCUCGAGACGCGGCGGGUCCCGAGAAGGCUGCGUCGAAGGCGCCGAAUACGUACACGCGGCCGAGCGAGACGGCACAGGGCGGGGUGUACGGGAACUUGCCGCUGACUGCAGAUAGCUUGAGCCUCGGCGUCGGCGGAUUUCGGGACUACGGCUCGAAGCUCUCGCUGAAAGCCGACCACGCACACCGGCCUCUCUGGGUCUGUCAGGAUGGGUCCAUUCUCCUCGAGACGUUCUCCGCCGCGAGCAGGCAGGCGAACGAACUCCUCCUCACAAUGGCGGAGCCGAUCUGUCGCGGGGACUUCGUCCACGAGUUCCAGAUUACCAUCUUUUCCUUGUACGCCGGCAUCAGCAUUGGGCUCUCGUGCGAAGACAUGAUUUUGAAUCUGGAGAAGUUCAGCAAAAAUGCAAUUCCCGAGGACUUGGUGGUUCAAAUCCAGAAGGUCGCCUCCGCCUUCGGCAAGGUGAAACUGGUUUUGAAUGAAAACAAGUACUACAUCGAGUCCGCCGAGAAGAAGGAACUGGACUACUUGCUAUCGAAUCCUCUCAUCCGAAGUUCUGCGGUCGCCCACCGCCGCCCAGAUCUCGCGCAGGCGCAACUUGCCGCUCCCGUCCCUGCCUCGCUCAACGCUUCUCUUCUGAAACCGCCGGUUCCUGCCGGCAACGAUGGCCUGUACGUCAUCGCCAAUGCGCCGACUCUCGACGCCUCGCAGCUGGCCUUUCCGGUCACGGAGCGCGACGAGGAGACUCCCACCGCGGACCUGCCGGGCCCGGGGAGCGCCGCGGCGCAAGGAGACACCGCCGCGACCGCGGUCGCUGGCGAUCCGACGCCUGGAGCCUCAGCGCGUGGAACCUCCGACGUGGAAACGCCGACGUCGGAGACACGCAAGAGACCGCGAGAGGACGGAAGGCAGGACACGCGGGGCGAGGAAGGGCGAGGCCCGCAGGGAUCUCUAGCGUCUACCCACGCGGCCGCCGCGAGUGCCGCACCUACCGAAGACGGAGACAGUGCAAAGCGGAAGAAGACGACGGCUCAAGCUCGACAGGUGUUCUCCUUCCAAGUGAGCAGCGACCGCGUCGAAGAAGUGAAGCGCGUUUCCGUCGAGAGCAUGCAUCGACCGCUGCUGAAUGAGUACGACUUCCGCCGGGACAAAACCAACAAGAAUCUCUCGUCACUUCUCCUCAAGUCCAGCACGAAAAUCCGAUACUACCAAGAGCGCGCUCUACGGAAGAUGUUCAGCAACGGCCGCGCACGUUCCGGCAUCAUCGUCCUGCCUUGCGGUGCGGGAAAAACGUUAACAGGGAUCACGGCUGCAUGCACGCUCCGAAAGUCCGUCAUGGUUUUAACGACUAGUGCAGUGGCAGUCGACCAGUGGAGAAAGCAAUUCGAGGAGUACACGACUAUUGAUUCUUCUCGGCUGCUCACUCUCACUGCGGAAACGAAGCAGACGCUCUGGCCAGUCGACGAGGCGGGCGUUCUCGUCAGCACGUACACGAUGCUUGCUUUCAGCGGCCGCAGAAGUUUGGCUGCGGAGCGAAUUAUGCAGCAGAUUCGCGAGCGGGAGUGGGGGCUCUUAAUUUUCGACGAAGUCCAGUUCGCGCCGGCGCCCGCCUUUCGACGCAUCAACGACCUCGUCAAGAGUCACUGCCGACUCGGCCUCACUGCAACCCUCGUUCGCGAAGAUGAUCUCAUCAAGGAUCUGCAGUGGCUGAUCGGCCCGAAACUCUUCGAGGCGAACUGGAUCGAACUUCAGGACCAGGGCUUUCUCGCGCGCGUCUCAUGUCAAGAGGUCUGGUGUCCAAUGACUGCCGAUUUCUACCGCGAGUAUUUGCGAUGCUCACAUGCCAAGCAGCGCAAGUUGUGGGUGUGUAACCCUACGAAGCUGAUGACGUGCGAGUGGCUGCUGCGCUACCACGAGGCUCGCGGCGACAAGGUUCUGGUUUUCAGCGACAACGUCUUUGCGCUCUUGCACACGGCGAAGGCGCUGAACCGCCCCUUCAUCUACGGCCAGGUCAGCGCCGUCGAACGCGUUGCCAUCCUAAAUAAAUUCAAGCACGAGUCGACCUUCAACUCGCUGUUUCUCUCAAAGGUGGGAGACAACGCCAUCGACAUUCCUUGCGCCAAUGUCGUCAUUCAAAUCUCCUUCAAUUUCGCGUCACGGCGACAAGAAGCCCAGCGUCUGGGGCGAAUUCUGCGCGCGAAGCCUCAGGCGGGGGACGAAGGCGAGAACUUCAAUGCCUUCUUUUACUCUCUCAUAUCGAAGGAUACGCUGGAGAUGGUGUACGCUGACAAACGGCAGCAGUUCAUCAUUGACCAGGGCUACGCGUACAAAGUGAUUCACAGUCGCGACUUGCCGCUGGAGCCGGAAAAGUUGAUUUACGGGGACGCGCAGAGACAGCGAGAGAUUUUGACGGACAUUCUGGCGUCUGAUGACAACGACAUCACGCUGGACGACGAUGGAGACGAUGCGUCACGCCCGAUGCUCUCUGUCGCCGGGGACCGGGCGCAUCUUUUUGGAGGCAGUUCGAGAGCGGGGCGUGAAGGGUGGGGCGGCAGUGACGAAGGCCAACUUGAGGGUUUCGGGGAAAGUCUUCGCGGAUUCGGGGACCCGCCGCAUGUACAUAUGCAAGGAAGCCUAGCGAGACUUGCCGAGAGAAGAGACGGAGUGGCGGAAGGCGCGGUUCCAGAUUUCGCCUUUCCAGGCGAAAAACGGGUCCAAGCCUUUUUGAGGGCGGUUUAG